GGCUAUAGAUCUUGAUUCAAAUAAAAUGAAUUUUAUAACAAUUACUUUUUAGUUUUUAGUAAUUAAAUAUUAAAUAAUAAAUAAUAAAUACUUGUUCUUGCAACAAAACAGCCGUCUAAUUUUAUGAUGUCGUGUCGAUUUUAGCAGCAUUUAACCAUAACACUAAUCUGUUAUCUUCCCAACAAAACAGUAACAUGAAGAUUCAACGAAAAUAAAAAAAUAAUACGAAUCAAAUCGACGACCACUUUGUUUUGUUCUUCGGUCUCCCACCAAUUCUUUCUUCACUGCUAUAACUUUUCCCUAUUAUUCCAUUCAACGUGGAUGCUCAGAGUCAGAUUCAAACAAGGUGAUCAAUUUCAUGAAAUUAUUUUGAUUCGAUUUUGAUUCGUUUGUAAUGGGUAUGCGAUCAUUUUUGUUGUUUUGUUGUGAUUCAAUCUGUAUGCGUUGAAAUUCGAUGCGUAUGUUUCUGGUGUCACAAUCAAUGUCUGAAGAUCUUCUGAAACUUACAGGCUCUUGAAUUUUUCGAUCAAGAUCCAACAAAUAAAUCGACAGAUCAUGCUACGAUUAAAAGAAAUCAAGUCAUUUCAUACAGAAAAACGAUGGGCAUUCCCUCUCGCAAUAACAUCGAUUGUAUCCUUAUUCCUAUUAGCGACCUGUUUCAACAUGGGUCUUCUUCCACCAUUGUACAAAUUGAAUUCAUAUUUCCCAAUAUUCAACUCUCGUAUUUCCCCAAAUCAAUCAACAACUCCACAUUUCGCCGAAGAUAAAUUCAAAUCGCCUCCUGUAUCAUCUUCUCUUCCUUCCACGCCUCGAUUUGCUUAUUUAAUUUCUGGAUCAAAAGGGGAUUUGAAUAAACUAUGGAGAACACUUAGAGCUUUAUAUCAUCCAUGGAAUCAUUACGUUCUUCAUCUUGAUCUCGAAUCGGAACCCAACGAGAGAAUCGAGCUCGCGUCACGAGUUGAAAAAGAUCCCAUGUUUGCUGAAAUUGGGAAUGUUUAUGUGAUCAAAAAAGCGAAUAUGGUAACUUAUAGAGGUCCAACAAUGGUGUCGAAUACUCUUCACGCAUGUGCGAUUCUUCUUAAAAGGAAUCAAGAUUGGGAUUGGUUUAUAAACCUCAGUGCAUCCGAUUAUCCUCUAGUCACUCAAGAUGAUCUUCUUUCUGUGUUUCGUGGUAUAAAACGAGACUGGAAUUUUGUUGAGCAUACUGGUCAGUUGGGGUGGAAGGAGGAUCAAAGAGCGAUGCCAUUGAUGAUUGAUCCUGGAUUAUAUGAGAAUAAGAAGUCUGAUAUUUUUUGGGUGCAACCAAAUAGGCCUCUACCAACUGCUUUUAAAUUGUUUACAGGAUCCGCAUGGAUGGUUUUAUCGCGUCCAUUUGUAGAAUAUUGCAUAUGGGGAUGGGACAAUCUUCCAAGAACAAUGCUCAUGUACUACACAAACUUUGUCUCCUCACCCGAAGGCUACUUCCAAACCGUAAUAUGCAAUGUACCCGAAUUCAUUCCCACAGUCAUUAACCAUGAUAUGCACUUCAUAUCAUGGGACAACCCUCCAAAACAACAUCCACAUGUCCUUAAUACGAAUGAUACGUCUAAUAUGCUCAAUAGUGGGGCCGCAUUUGCACGUAAAUUUGACCAAGAUACCCUUGUUCUUGAUACAAUUGAUAAUGAGUUGUUAAAUAGAACCAAUGGGAGCUUUACUCCGGGUGGAUGGUGCAAAGGUGAACCGAAUUGUUCUAAAGUUGGGAAAGUCACACGGGUCAAGCCCGGACCCGGGGCUAAACGGCUUAAGAGGCUUAUAAACAAGUUGAUUAAAUCAGCUAAAAAUGGAAAUCAAUGUCGAUAGGUUUAUAUAUUUUUGAUUUUUUGAGAUAGAAUAUUUUGAUGAGUCAAUUGACAUAGUUUUGAUUGUAUGUUAUAGCAUUUUUGGGUGUUGGUC